CUUCUGUGCGAGUGUUUUAUAUCCCCAUACAUAUCAACAACAUUAUAUAUAAACUCUCUCUCUAAAAAAAAAAAAACUAAUCUCUCUCUAAUUUGUGUAUUGCAUCGUCUAUAUUUCUCUCUCUCUCUCGAUGAAAGACUGAUUUAAUUAUCGUAUGCCCUCACUCUGUCUCUGUCUCUGUGUUUCUCUCUCUAUAUCUAUAUAGCAAGAACCAUCAUUCUAUAUAUCAUGUGAUUUGUGGUUUUGAAGGUGAUCUGUUUGGAGACUUGGAUUAAAUUUGAUUGAUUUGGAUUGUAAUCUCGGAGUUUUUAAGUCUGGACAAAGCAUGAUUUGUUGAAGAUUAGAAGUUAAUUACAGAGAUGAAGAGGUCCAGAGAGGAUGUUUACAUGGGUUCUCAACUCAAACGCCCCAUCGUCUCUUCUCGGGCUGAACCUUCUGGACAAUCCCAGAUGAUUGGUGGAGGAGGACCACAAAAAUUAACAACAAAUGAUGCCCUAGCAUAUCUCAAGGCAGUGAAGGAUAUUUUCCAAGAGAAAAGGGAGAAGUAUGACGAGUUUCUUGAAGUCAUGAAAGAUUUCAAGGCCCAAAGUAUUGACACGGCUGGUGUCAUAGCAAGAGUGAAGGACUUGUUUAAAGGGCACCGGGACCUAAUUUUGGGUUUUAAUACCUUUUUGCCCAAAGGGUAUGAGAUCACCCUUCCAUGUGAGGACGAAACACAUCCGGUGAAGAAGCCUGUUGAGUUUGAAGAAGCAAUCAAUUUUGUGAACAAAAUAAAGACAAGGUUUCAAGGCGACGAUCAUGUGUAUAAAUCUUUUCUUGAUAUUUUGAAUAUGUAUAGAAAGGAAAACAAAUCCAUAACUGAGGUCUAUCAGGAGGUUGCUGCUCUUUUUCGAGACCACUUGGACCUGCUUACAGAGUUCACUCAUUUUCUACCCGAUGCUUCGGCAGCGGCCUCCAUACAUUUUGCUCCAUCUGGCAGGAAUUCUAUAUGCCGACGUGAUGAUAGGAGCUCACCUAUGCCCACAAUGAGACAUAUGCAUGUUGAAAAGAAGGCUACUGCUUCACAUGCUGACCGUGACAUCAGUGUUGACCGGCUUGAUCCUGACCAUGAUAAAGCAUUGUUGAGGGCUGACAAAGAGCAGCGGAGACGUAUCGAAAAAGAAAAGGAGAGAAGGGAUGACAGAGAUCGGAGAGAACGGGAACGGGAUGAUAGAGAUUAUGACCAUGAUGGAAUGCAGCGUAUUUCCCACAAACGGAAAUCCGCUCGUAGGAUUGAAGACUCUGACCAAUUACAUCAGAGUGGGGAUGGCGGUGAAAAUUUUGGAAUCCGUCCUGGAUCAUCCUCUUAUGAUGAUAAAAUGGCCUUAAAAAGUAUGUACAGCCAAGAGUUUGCUUUCUGUGAGAAGGUGAAGGAGAGAGUGCGUAAUUCUGAUGAUUACCAGGAAUUUUUGAAGUGCCUUCAUAUCUAUAGCAGAGAAAUAAUUUCACGAGCAGAAUUGCAGAAUCUGGUUAGUGAUUUGCUUGGAAAAUAUUCGGACCUCAUGGAAGGAUUCAAUGAAUUUUUAUCGCGCUGUGAGAAGAUUGAUGGUUUUCUUGCUGGUGUUAUGAGUAAAAGGUCCUUGUGGAAUGAAGGACAUUUACCCAGAUCAGUGAAGGUCGAGGAUAGGGAUAGAGAUCGAGAUCAUGAGAGGGACGAUAGAGAUAAUGAUAGAGAUCGCGAAAACAGAGAAAGGGAUAGAACUGACAAAGGUGUAGCCUUUGGCAGUAAAGAUGUAGCAGGCCACAAGAUGACUUUAUUUUCAAGCAAGGAUAAGUAUAUGGCGAAGCCCAUUCAAGAACUUGACCUUUCUAACUGCGAGCGCUGCACCCCCAGUUACCGACUUCUGCCAAAGAAUUAUCCAAUUCCUUCAGCAAGCCAGAGAACAGAGCUUGGCGCCGAAGUAUUGAAUGAUCAUUGGGUUUCUGUUACUUCUGGAAGCGAGGAUUACUCCUUUAAACACAUGCGCAAGAACCAGUACGAGGAAAGCUUGUUCCGAUGUGAAGAUGACAGGUUUGAGCUGGACAUGUUGUUAGAGUCUGUGAAUGUGACAACUAAGCGUGUAGAAGAACUAUUGGACAAGAUUAAUGAUAAUACAAUUAAAACAGACAGUGCAAUUCAUAUUGAGGACCAUUUUACAGCUCUGAAUCUAAGGUGCAUUGAACGUUUGUAUGGUGAUCACGGCCUUGAUGUGAUGGAGGUGUUAAAGAAGAAUGCACCUCUUGCUUUGCCAGUAAUAUUAACUCGCUUGAAGCAGAAGCAAGAGGAGUGGGCAAGGUGUCGUUCUGAUUUUAAUAAAGUUUGGGCCGAAAUUUAUGCUAAGAACUAUCACAAAUCACUUGAUCAUCGGAGCUUUUAUUUCAAGCAGCAGGAUACAAAGAGCUUGAGCACAAAAGCCUUAUUGGUGGAGAUCAAAGAAAUCAGUGAAAAGAAACGCAAGGAGGAUGAUGUGCUGCUUGCUAUUGCUGCUGGAAAUAGAAGACCUAUUAUUCCAAAUUUGGAAUUUGAGUAUCCUGAUUUGAAAAUCCAUGAAGACCUGUACCAUCUGAUAAAAUAUUCUUGUGGAGAAAUUUGUUCAACUGAGCAGUUGGAUAAAGUCAUGAAGGUUUGGACGACCUUUGUGGAACCAAUGCUUGGUGUUCCUUCUCGACCUCAUGUGGCGGAGGACACUGAAGAUGCCGUAAAGGCUAAGAAUCACAUUACCAAAAGUGGUGCUGCAAAUGUUGGAGAAAGUGAUAGCAGUCCUGUUAUAAGUGCAUCUGUCAGUAAUGGAAAACAAUCAAAUCCUCCUAGAAAAGCAGAUGAAAGUACGCCACCUGAACAAUCAAGUUCGUGCCGAGCUUGGUUGGUAAAUGAUGAUAAUGGGGUUAAAGAAGAUGGUUCACAUGAUGCAGAUCAUUUUCCCCGUAAGACUGAUACUCUCUGCAAUACAUCUCACUAUGGAAAUGUGCAGUGUAAUACCAUCAUGGCUGAUGAAACGUCUGGGGUCAGUAAACAUCUUACUUCCAAUGAACAGAUAGCCAAUUCAAUUGUGUCCCUUGCUACUGGGGCCGAGGAAAUUCAUGGAAGAGCCAAAGUGGAAAAUACAUCAGGGCUUUGUGCUACUCCUACUAGACCUGGUAAUGCUUCUGCUGAGGGUGGGCAUGAGAUGAGGCCCAGUAAUGAAAGUGUACCUUCAUCAGAGGGUGGUGAUUGUACAAGACCAGUUUCAUCUUCAAAUGGAACAAUGGCAGAAGGCAUUAAAGUUCACAGAUAUCACCAUGAAGAAUCUGCAGGGCACUAUAAAAUUGAAAGAGAGGAGGGUGAGUUAUCACCAAAUGGAGAUUUUGAGGAGGAUAAUUUUGCAGCAUAUGGAGAUGCCGCUGUAGAGGCUGCUCGAAAAUCAAAGGAUGGUGCUGCAAUCGCGCAAUAUCAAACUGGACAUGGAGAAGAAAUAUGCUGUGGAGAGGCAGGCGGAGAAAAUGAUGCUGAUGCUGAUGACGAAGGAGAGGAAAGUCCUCAGAGGUCAUCAGAGGACAGUGAGAAUGCUUCUGAGAAUGGUGAUGUUUCAGGAAGUGAGUCUGCUGAUGGUGAAGAUUGCUCCCGUGAAGAGCAUGAAGAGGAUGGAGAUCAUGAUGAUAAUGAUAACAAAGUUGAGAGUGAAGGUGAGGCUGAAGGGAUGGCUGAUGCCCAUGAUGUUGAAGGAGAUGGAACAUUGUUGCCAUUCUCAGAACGUUUUCUCCAAACUGUAAAGCCUCUUACAAAGCAUGUUCCUUCUGCGUUACAUGACAAAGAGAGUGAUUCUCGGAUUUUCUAUGGAAAUGAUUCCUUCUAUGUUCUUCUUAGGCUUCAUCAAACUCUUUAUGAGAGAAUACAAUCAGCAAAGAUUAAUUCUUCUUCUGCUGAAAAGAAAUGGAGAGCUUCAAACGACACAACAUCGACUGAUAUGUAUACUAGAUUCUUGAAUGCCCUUUACAAUUUGCUUGAUGGUACAUCCGAUAAUACAAAAUUUGAAGAUGAUUGCCGAGCUAUAAUAGGAACUCAGUCAUAUGUUCUCUUCACACUAGACAAGCUGAUAUAUAAACUUGUCAAACAGCUUCAAACAGUUGCGACAGAUGAAAUGGACAACAAACUUCUUCAACUGUAUGCAUAUGAAAAAUCAAGAAAACCUGGGAGAUUUGUUGAUGUUGUUUAUCAUGAAAAUGCCCGUGUUCUUCUUCAUGAUGAGAACAUAUAUCGGAUCGAAUGUUCAUCUGCACCAACCCGUUUGUCUAUACAACUCAUGGACUCUGGGCAUGACAAGCCUGAAGUUACUGCUGUUUCUGUGGACCCUAAUUUUGCAGCUUAUCUGUACAAUGACUUCCUCUCAGUUGUUCCUGAAAAAAAGAAGUCGGGGAUUUUCUUGAGGAGAAAUAAACGCCAAUAUGCAUGUGGAGAUGAAUUAUCUGCUACAUGCCAAGCCAUGGAAGGACUUCAAGUUGUCAAUGGCCUGGAGUGUAAGAUAGCCUGCAAUUCGUCCAAGGUCUCGUAUGUUUUAGAUACGGAAGAUUUCUUGUGCCGGAUGCGACGAAAAAGGAAAACGUUGCAUCAUAAUAUCUCAUGCAAUGAUCAAGCAAAUUCAAAUGGGUUUUCUGCUAGAGUACAACGGUUCCACAGAUUGCUUUCUAGUUCAUAACAUGCAUUUUCUUUGACAUCUAAAACCGAUAUGGUAAAUCUUCAUCUUUUGAAGCUUUGAUGUUCUGGUUCAGUUUAAGAUCACGGGUGCCACACAUAUACACAUAUGAUGAGUUAUUGUAACAUGUGCAAAAGGUUCAAAGAUCAUAGGACUUUGAACUCAUUUCUUUUAAUUCUCAGAGGAAGAGGAAAGCAAAUGAUAUUUCGCUUCUGGUGUCAUCAUUCUUCAGAAGCUGGUCGAAAUUGAACAGUUGAUACUAGCGUGCUGGAAAUGUAAAAGCUGCUGGCGCAACAAGUAAAAGAGCUUUCAUGGAACUGUCAUGUAUUCGUGUAUUUCUCUCCUCUAUCCAAUAAAGAACCGGGGGAAGGGGGUAUUAUUGCUGGAAGAGGUGGUAGUACUAUACUGUAACUUCUGCGGCGUUGAAGCCCCCAUUGUGUAAAUAGAGGUAUUUGUGAUGUAAAAUCGAGAUAAAUGUUCAUUUUGUUCUUCCCUUUUUUUUUCUUCUUCUUUUUUUCCCCCCUCACCGCGAUUCAUGUAACAGUUCUCAAUUAGUCAUUUCAAGUAUUGGUCGAAAUUCCUGUCUGAUGAGAAAUGCAAGAACAUUAUUUUCAUUUUAUUGAUCACAUGCCUGCCUUUUUAAGUGCAGUUCAAUUUUA